CCGGUAUACGGUAGGAGCUCUGCAUUCGAGGUCGCUUGUGUCGACUCUGUGCGAGGCGCACCAGGGGGAAGGAAGGAGCCGCUUUCGAGCAAGAUUACAAGUCAGAGCAGGCCCACAGCUAGGGAGGUCAGUAGAGCCGCUGCAAUUGGAGCCCUAGUCGUUGGUGAGAGGUUUUUGAGAGUGCUGCUUUUGGAUCAAUUGCUGGCGGCUCCUCUCUGUUUCUGCGGAUUGUCAAACACUCCUUUUUGCUCUACGUUGAUACGCCAACAUGGCAAUGAGUGCAGUAGCACCUAGCUUUGCUCUUAGCUCCUUGGGACUCAGCAAUUCAGCGAGAGAAGGAUGCCACAGGCAAAGCAGGAGGAGUCACAAGGCUGGCAAAGCCCAUGUGGCUCAGAAGCAUGCGCCAUGCAGCAAAAUUAUGCUGGAUGCUUCUUGCACGGGCUUGAGAAGAGAGUGCACUUUGGACAGGCUAAGCAGAUCAGUGGCAGGUCCCUCCAGUCUGCUUGCAAGUCUGGCAGCAGCAACUAGCGUGAGGCACAGGGGCGGUGCUCGGAGAGGUGUGAUUGUGGCCAUUUUUGAGAAGUUCACUGAGAGAGCCAUCAAGGCUGUCAUGAAUUCGCAAAAGGAGGCGAAAGCAUUGGGCAAGAGGGAGGUUGGGACUGCUCAGCUGUUCCUUGGGCUGGUGGCAGAGGCAAGAGGCGAAGGAGGGUUCUUGAGGACAGGUCUGACAGUUGAAAGGGCCAGGGAAGCAAUGCGUCAAAUCACUACUCCAGAGUCAAGCGCUGGCGGCAUGGGCGAAAUCCCCUUUUCAGCGGGCUGCAAGAAUGCUUUUGAAGCCGCAUCGGACGAGAGCAAGCGCCUGGGAAACAAGUACAUAUCUCCUGAGCACCUUCUGGUGGGUCUCGUCAGAGCGGAUGAUGGCGGCGCGAGCAAACUGAUCGAAAGAUUGGGCCUUCGGAAGGAGAAACUUGAAGCAGAGGCUGUAGAUCAGAUCAACGACGAGCAUGCAAAGGAGACUCGGGGGAACCCUAGUCCAGCCAGUGAGAGGGCGACCGCAGGUGUUGGUGUUAGAAGGUCUGCUCAGACGAGCCGCAAAGGCAAGGGUGCCCUAGACAACUUUUGUGUUGACAUCACUGCUCGAGCAGCGGAGGGGAAGAUUGACCCAGUGAUUGGGCGCGCAAAAGAGGUGCAACGAGUCGUUGAGAUCUUGGCUAGGAGGACCAAGAACAACCCAAUUUUGCUGGGCGAGCCCGGUGUGGGCAAGACCGCCAUCGCAGAGGGGCUGGCUCUCAGGAUUGUGAAGGAUGAUGUCCCAGAAUUUCUGAACAAGAAGCGCGUGAUGUCGCUAGACAUGGGUCUGCUCAUUGCGGGCGCCAAGGAGCGCGGUGAGCUGGAGACGCGCGUCACCAGCCUGGUGGAGGAGACUAAGACGGCGGGGGAUGUUAUCCUCAUGAUUGAUGAGGUGCACACUCUGGUCGGUUCCGGCUCGGUCAGCCGCGGCUCCGGGGGUGGCGGUCUCGACAUUGCUAACCUUCUGAAGCCAGCGCUUGCACGAGGGCUGCUCCAGUGCAUUGGCGCCACCACUCUGGAUGAGCACCGCAAGCACAUUGAGAAGGACAAGGCCCUGGCGCGGCGCUUCCAACCAGUGAUGGUUCUAGAGCCAUCGGAGGCAGAUGCCAAGCUGAUCCUGCGUGGGAUCCAGGACAAGUACGAGGUGCACCACAAGUGCAAGUUCAGCCCUCAGGCGGUGGAUGCCGCAGUGGAGCUGUCCGCGCGCUACAUUGCUGACAGGUUCCUGCCAGACAAGGCCAUUGACCUGCUCGACGAGGCUGGCAGCCGCGCCCGCAUUAGCGCCUUCAACAUGCGCAAGCAGCGCCAGACGAGCGUCCUCUCGGCAGCGCCUGCCGACAUCUGGGCCGAGAUCCGGGCAGUUCAGAAGCAGCAGCAGAGCGCGCUGGUCCUCGCCAACGAGCCAUCAUCCCCCUCGUUCAAUCUGUUCGAGGAGGCUCCCUCCAAGGCCGCCAUUGCGGCCGCCCCGGGCGCCGCAGACAUCUCGGAACUGGACGCUGCAGUGAAGCGCGCGGGGUUCAGCACCUUCUGGGAGGACGAGGAGGAUGUUGUGGUGGGACUGGAAGACAUUGCGGCGGUGGCCAGCAUCUGGUCGGGCGUCCCCGUGCAGCAGCUUACCACUGAGGAGAGUGCGCGCCUGGUCGACCUGGAGGACACGCUGCGCACGCGCGUGAUCGGCCAGGACGACGCUGUGAGCGCCAUCGCGCGUGCUGUGCGCCGCGCUCGCGUGGGGCUGAAGGAUCCAAAGCGCCCCAUUGCGGCCAUGCUGUUCUCGGGCCCCACAGGGGUGGGCAAGACGGAGCUGACCAAGGCCCUGGCGGAGCAGUACUUUGGCUCCGAGGACGCCAUGAUCCGCCUAGACAUGUCCGAGUUCAUGGAGCGCCACACCGUGUCUAAGCUCGUGGGAGCGCCCCCAGGGUACGUGGGCUAUGGCGAGGGGGGUGUGCUGACGGAGGCUGUGCGGCGACGACCCUUCACGGUGAUCCUGCUGGACGAGAUUGAGAAGGCGCACCCCGACGUGUUCAACAUGCUGCUGCAGAUCUUCGAGGACGGCCGCCUCACCGACAGCCAGGGCCGCGCCGUGUCCUUCAAGAACACGCUCAUCGUCAUGACCUCCAACAUCGGGUCCAAGGUCAUUGCUCGUGGCGGCAGCAACCAGCUGGGCUUUGUGCUGCCGACCGCAGAGGCGGACGGCGGUGCGUACUCGCGCAUGAAGGCCAUGGUCAUGGAGGAGAUGAAGGCCUACUUCCGCCCCGAGCUGCUCAACCGCCUGGACGAGGUCGUCGUCUUCAAGUCCCUCGAGAAGGCCGAGGUGCGCUCGAUCGUGGCCCUGAUGCUGGCGGAGGUGAAGGCGCGCUGCCUGUCGGAGCGGCGACUGCAGCUGGAGGUGACGGACAGCGUAGUCACCAAGAUUUGCGAGGAGGGCUACGACCGCAGCUACGGUGCGCGCCCGCUGCGCAGAAAGGUGACGGCGCUUGUGGAGGACGCGCUGAGCGAGUACAUCCUCGUGGGGGGGUUCCUUGAGAAUGACAGUCUCGUGGUGGACCUCGACGCAGCGGGCGAGGUGGUCGUCUCGCACCAGGCCAGCCACGAGGAAUAUGUGAACGCGGAGUCACUCGUGGCUGCUAGUCUAUAAGACAUGCUUCCUCUCCGCUGAAAGGUCGAGCUUUGAACGAGUGCUUCCAAACAGAAGCACUUCUUACCCAUAAGGGGUCCCUGUGCUUGUACAUUCUGUCAGGGUUGUAUAGUCAGUUGUACAUACUUGUAAAUGCUGUUUAGACCAAUAAACUGUAGAAAUUUAUCGAAAGCAUUGGGGGGGAGGAGUUGUUGUAAAGGCUGUGCAUACUGUACAUAGCAUCAAAUUGUUAGUUGUGGGGACAUGUACUUACUGUAGGUUUCACUACGUAGCACUGGAAUUUGAUUGGCUGACUUUACCUAGACGAAACAUGGAUAAGCUAGUAUAGGACCAAUCCACGUAGCUCGCACUUCAGCCUGUUUGUAAGUAGUGAAAGAUUUUACAGCCCAGUUCCUCUGUAGUUUUCAGUGAAACGACAGGUGAUUGCUCGAAGCAAAAAACAUAAUCUAAGUCUUACGCCUUUAUGCAUCCCUCUGUUUGCGCAUAGCUAGUGUGAGAUAGCAUGCCAAUAUCGCA